AUGGCCGACAGCUUCGAUAUCACACCCACUUCACCUUCGGACUGGCACCCACAUCAGCGUGCAUGGAUUCAACUCUACUACAAGCUCUUGUGUCAAACCAUACGUCAGUAUCCCUCUUAUCCAGUCUGCAUCAGUGACACCGCAGCUUUCGUUGGCUUCUCCACAUUUUUCGAAGGCUCAGACAGCACGGGUAUCAUCGAUCGCGAACCGGCCUUUGGGACGCGUAAGGCUAUGUUCAUCAAUCAUCGGAACGCAGCUUUUCCGAAUUUAUUGUCUAAACUCGUGGAGAUGUACAACAACGAAAGGACCGAGUCAAGCUACCGUGUCAGCUAUCCUCAGGUUUUCAUUACCAUACCGACGCUGAACAAAUACAUCAGGAUCAGCGAGCAGUACGGCCCGGAUAACGAUGACCCGGAGCCCUGGAAGACGCAAACUGAUCUCUGGGACUUUUUCGCAGAGAUGUUGGCCGAGACGUUUGGUGACAAUGGGUUUCUUGACAACCGGGAUACUGUUGUACAGUCAUUCGUUCAAGCAACUGAGGACAACGUUGCGCCUUGGCCACCGUCGCCCACUGAUGAAGAGCGCGCGCAGUUGAAGUUGCUGGGGCAGCACAUUCAGCGUCAACUUGAAGCGGACAGAUCGUUCAUCUCGUUCACGGACCGUGUGAGUGAAGAGUCUGAACAAGAUCAUUCAGAACUUCCCUCGCCCACUACUGAGCAAGCUGAAAAGCGUACCGAACAGAACGUUGAGAAAAUGUCCACAAAGAAGGCGAGCGCAUGGCUUGAAGUCGAGCGUCAUGCACUCUGGCGCAGCAUCAACGCUUGGUGUCACAAAAACGGUAUCGAUGCAUUUGACCCUAAAGGGAUGCACAUACAGACCUGGAACCUCUUCGCGGACCAGCUCAAUGCGGAGUGCGCAAAGAAGGGUCAGGUGAAGCAAAGGACCGGGGAUAUCGUCCGCAGUCAGGUAAGAGACGCCGUUCGGAGGAAUAAUCCGCCUAUCAGCGAACUGGCUAAGCGUGCAGAGGAUAUGAGGGAAGAGAUCGGCAACGACAAAACCAAAGUCUUCCCGCAGGGCGUAAGAUUUCCGGAGGAGGCCAUUAAGAUACCAAAGAACGAUGCAGGGGCUGAGGAUGAAGAAUAG